CUAAACACAAGGGAUACGUUGUGAAUGAUGUUCUGAGAAUCCUAGAUACCAUCACAUAUUCCGUCAGCCAGUCCUUUUAAUUUGAAGGAAGAAAUUUGUCAGUGUUCAAUAGACCGUUCUUCUCAUCGAUGCGAAAAGGAUAAUCAGAUUCAGUUCAAUCGCUAAAGAUCGUACCUAACCGCCGCAUAUUGAAGAAUGGUAAAAGCCAUUAGGGUUUAUGAGCUUGGUGGCCCUGAGGUAUUGAAAUGGGAAGACGUUGAAAUUGGUGAUCCAAAAGAAGGAGAGAUAAGAGUGAAGAACAAAGCGAUUGGUGUUAAUUUCAUUGAUAUUUAUUUCCGUACAGGCGUUUAUAAUGUCCCUCAAAUUCCUUAUACACCAGGGAUGGAGGCAGUAGGUGUGGUGACGGCCAUUGGGCCAGGAGUGUGUGAUUUUAAAGUGGGUGAUGUUAUUUAUCAUUCCGGGAGCGCAAUGGGAACUUAUACAGAGGAGCAGAUUGUUUUGGCAGACAAAGCAAUGGUUCUUCCUGUUAUUGAUCCUUUGAUAGUUGCUUCGGUCAUGGUUAAAGGAUUAACUGCUCGGUUCCUAGUCCGAACUUGGUUCAAGGUGGAACAAGGACACAAGGUAUUGGUCCAUGCAGCAGCAGGCGGUGUUGGAUCCGUGUUAUGCCAGUGGGCAAACAUGCUUGGUGCAACUGUCAUUGGAACUGUGUCAACUAAAGAGAAGGCUUUGCAAGCCAAAGAAGACGGAUGUCAUCAUGUUAUUAUUUACAAUCACGAGGAUUUUGUUACCCGUGUUGAUGAAAUAACAUCCGGUGGCGGAGUUGAUGUUGUCUUUGAUUCUGUAGGAAAAGACACCUUCCAGGGAUCAUUGGCGUGCUUGAAACCGCGUGGAUAUAUGGUGAGUUAUGGCCAAUCGUCUGGGACACCUGACCCUGUGCCUUUAUCUGCGCUAGCCUCAAAGUCCCUAUUCUUGACAAGGCCUUCUGUGAGGACGUCUGGUUUUUCAAAGGACGAGAUGCGUGAAGCCAUGAAAGAGGUGCUUACUAAUGUGGCUUCGGGUGCUUUGAGGGUGCGUGUAAAUCAUACUUACCCGUUAUCCCAAGCUGCUCAAGCCCAUGCUGACAUGGCGGGUAGAAAAACUUCCGGCUCCAUUGUGUUGAUACCCGAUGGAGUGGAGCAGUGAAGUUUAUGUAUGUGGUUUAUAUGGAAGAAGUUAUGCAAGUUUGUAUGAUUAAUAAAAUCUCAUGGUAGUAUACUGAUAUACAUCUCAUUUGAAGUUGUCUUUGCUUGUUUAAGAAGUAGAACUGAUGCAAGUUUGUCUUUCAUCUGUUG